AUGGCCAACGGCACUUCGGUUGGGGAGACUAAGUUCAUAUAUUACAUCGAUGAAGAAGAAACUCCUUACCUUGUUAAACUCAACAUUGCUCCAGAAAAAGUAACUCUUGGCGAUUUCAAGAACGCUCUAAACAGACCGCAUUCAAAAUUUUUUUUUAAAUCACUGGACGAUGAUUUCGGGGUUGUUAAGGAGGAAAUAUUCGAAGAUAACGCUCCACUCCCUUGUUUCAAUGGCCGUGUCGUUUCUUGGUUGGUGACUACAGAUGAAAGUAUAGCAUCUGAUCCAGGUAUUCUCAACCCCUCUGUUGAGGCAAACGCUAGUGCAAAUAGUAGUAAAUAUGAUCCUAACCUUGAUUUGGAGUCAAAUAAUACGCGCAACAACGAAUGCAAAAUCAGCUCUUGUGUACUUCAGUCACAUACGACCGCUGCUCCAGCUGAUUCUACUUCUGCAAACCUGGGUCAUGGAGGAAAUAUUGGACAAAAUUACGAUACAGAAACGGAAUCUGUACAUAGUGCUAACCAAGAUCGCAUUGCUCCUCUACGGAAUUUUCACAAUUAUAAAUCUAGUGGUCGACAUCACCAUACAACGAGUGGUGGUAGUCAUAUUACUCAACAGACAACCCAUAGUGGUUCACGCCAUCGCCACUAUCGUUAUUUGCCUAGUUCAAAUACCUAUGAAGCUCCUUCAAUGAUGAGUUCUGAUUUAGAAUCAACUAGCUUCUUAGACUCGGAAGAAGAAUCUAGCAGAUUUUCAUCAGUCACUGGAACAACAUUAUCUUCCCGUCGGUAUGGUCGUGCACGUCGCAGACGAAGACGUAGGCGUCCACCACCAAUCAGCCGAGCCUCUUCGUUCAGCAGUAUUACAGACUCCACCAUGUCUUUAAAUAUUGUGGCAGUUACGUUGAACAUGGAUAUCGUCAAUUUCUUGGGUAUCAGUAUAGUUGGUCAGUCAAAUAAAUCUGGAGAUGGUGGGAUUUAUGUAGGUUCUAUCAUGAAGGGUGGUGCUGUCGCUCAAGAUGGACGAAUUGAACCUGGGGAUAUGAUUCUGGAAGCAAAUGGGAUUAGUUUUGAAGAAAUGAGUAAUGACGAUGCAGUUCGCACAUUACGAGAGCAAGUUCAACGUCCUGGACCUAUUACAUUAGUUGUUGCUAAAUGUUGGGAUCCUAAUCCAGCCGAACGUUAUUUUACAAUACCUCGUCAAGAACCUGUACAUCCUAUUGAUCCGCGUGCCUGGGUGUUACAUACCAACGCAAUGACCACACCAGACUCACAGGUUCAAAGUAAUGAUAUACAUAGACAAGUUAAUGGGACUUCCAUGACUGGUGCCUCGUCAGGGGGUACAAGUGCAGCAGCGUUCAAUAUGGCUGCUUUACUUGCAGCCUCUAAACAAAAACAGCAACAAGAACAAGAACAUCAGCAGCAACAACAUUUACUUCAACAACGAAUUCAUUUAUCACAACCCGCAUUUUAUCCUACAUCAAAUUUACUACUUCCCCAUGGUCAUACUCAACAGGUCGCUCCUAGCAUUGUUACUGCAUCCAGCUCGCUGCCGGAGAUUGAACGUUACUCAGACCCCAUUCCAUUAGGUCUAUCGACAAGUAUUCCCACAGUUAUUCGUGCAAUGCUCCAACCUGAUUCUGGUCUCGAUAUUAGGGAUCGUAUGUGGCUCAAGCUAACCGUACCAAACGCGUUUAUAGGUUCUGAUCUAGUUGAUUGGCUUUUCCGUCACUUGGAUGGUUUGACCGAUCGCCGGGAAGCCCGAAAGUAUGCAUCUAAUCUGCUCAAAUUGGGAUACAUUCGGCAUAUUGUAAAUAAGUUAACUUUUUCGGAACAAUGUUACUAUGUCUUCCGGGAUAUAAGUGAACAUAUGUCUUGCUUAAGCCUAGAAGAAGUUGAUAGUGUCAGUGAAGUUGGUGCACAUUCUCAUCCCAAUUGGGGGCACAAUACAACAAGUACUAGUUUAACUGUUAGGGCUGGUGCUAGCAUGCCUGAUUACAAUCCGGGUUUUGCUGGAUCUCAUGGAAUCGGAGCAGCAAGUAGAGAAGGGAAUAGCAGUCAGUAUAGCACCGUCCCACCGAUGUAUCAUCCACCUGCUCCGCCUCUUGCUGCUCCUAUUCGUCAGUUGAUCGCAGACGGUCAAAAUAUAGCUGCUAACGCAAAUCUCCAACAGCCACACAGUGGGCCUCGAUUGAAUAAUGGAAAUAGGGAUAAUAUUUCAGGCUAUUCCAGUUCAACAUCUAGCACAAGUAGUGAGUCAGGUCAUUUCGCUCAUGAAAUUCCUGGACAUACGAAACCGCGCCCCAAAGAAACAUCCGCGUCAAACCACAUUGGGGUUCAGGGAUUCAGCCAUUCUAGACAACAAGAUUCAGUUUUACCAAAUGUACGGUCACUAAAACAGCAACAUUCCCAGUCAAAUUCUAAUUUGGCACAAAGUCUCUCUGCUACUGGUGGUGUUGCAGGCAAUCAGUCUAGAUUAAGACCUCCUUUUUAUUCUAAUGGUAAUGAUCUAUCUCAACAGAAUGAGCUUGCAGCAUCAUCUACAGGAUCUAGUUCAACUUCUUUUGGAAACCCAAGACAGAAUGUUCCCACUAAUAAUUCUGAUAGCAAGCAACACCAAACACAGGAAUCAGUUAAACGAGAUUCUAUGCUCAGUUCGAAAAGAAACGCGACUGUUCAAUUCACAUCGGCUGUCUCAUAUGUCAAAUCACCAAAAUUGUGCUCCUCCUCCUCCUCCUCCACCACGAAUUUCAACUGCUGUUUCUGGUUUCACACUCACAAGUCAUCCUUAGACAUGAAAUCUGGAAAAACAGAAUUACCGUGGUUUGGAAAGAUUUUUCUACCUCAUCCCAUCUCUUCUCGAAGGUUUCCAAAGAGAUAUAAUUAUUUUGACCACUUCGUUGUAAUUACAGUGAUAUGUGAUACUCGGAUUUCCAUAAUAUAA